UCAAACUAACGUCAAAGUCAAACUGGGGAAAACACUGUUUUGGGGUUAUUUUGUAUUUAAAAUAUUAUUAAGAUUUCUAAUAAAUUACGACGAUGCCCUUGCCUCCUGCCAGCGGUACAGGUCGCUAUUUUGUCAAAGCUGCAAAGUCCAUACGACUUAUACGCCAAGGAUGUACAAAUAGACCGUUCUAUCACAUUUCCGUUACUCACAGGAGAAGGCUAAACAGUCAAGCAGUGAUAGAACAGCUGGGCUCCUAUGACCCAAUGCCAAACACAAAUAAUGAGAAACUUGUUGCUCUGAACCUGGAGAGAAUAAAGUUCUGGCUUGGCCAAGGGGCUCAUGUCACUAACCCUGUUGGAGAACUAUUAGGUUUAGCUGGCUUUUUCCCAAUCCACCCUCGCUCCUACAUGACAGCCUGGAGAAACAGAAGAACAGAGAGGGAAAACCAAGCCAAAGCAGAAAAGUCCACAGAAAGUACCACUACAGAAGUUUAAUUAAUAAUACAUUAGUUUAGUUACAUUUUAGGAAAUAUAUUACUGUAGGUUCUAA